AUGCCAUUUGUAAUAGCUUUAUUUUUCGGCAUUUUCUUCUCAUGUGUAAAAGGUCAAAUUAUACCAGGAUCUAAUUACUAUUGUAAUGAAAAUAAUACUGUUGUCGAAUUUAAAUUGUCUUUGUUACCUCAUUCGGCAUGGCAACCAAUAUUAAAUUGUUCUUUACAACAAUGUAAUGUCAACUCGAAUAACAACGACAACUGUCGUUCAUCAGUGACACCUUGCUUCGACUACCACACACGCAAUAAUAGUAGAUAUUGUGCACCUGGUAUUUUGUGUUCGAUUUUGGAACCAUGUAACAAUAUUACCUAUAAUUGUGCAGAAAAUACUUCCGUAUGCAUCAUUAACUCAUGCUGUUCACCACAAGCCUUAUGUUUACCAUUGUCAUUUGUGAAUUUCUGUAAAUCAGGAUGGCUUAGCACUGGUAGCAUGAAUAAUGCACGAUAUGGGCACACAGCAUCUGUAUUAACAAAUGGAAAAGUGUUAGUUACUGGUGGUUUUGAUAAUAGUGGUCUUCUAAAUAGUACUGAGUUAUAUGAUCCAUCAACAGGAACUUGGACAAUGACUGGUAGUAUGAAUAAUGCACGAUAUGGGCACACAGCCUCUGUAUUAACAAAUGGAAAAGUGUUAGUUACUGGUGGAUGGAAGAUUGGUGGUGGUUCCGUAAAUAGUACUGAGUUAUAUGAUCCAUCAACAGGAACUUGGACAAUAACUGGUAGUAUGAAUAAUGCACGAUAUGGGCACACAGCCUCUGUAUUAACAAAUGGAAAAGUGUUAGUUACUGGUGGACGGGGAAGUAGUGGUGGUUCCGUAAAUAGUACUGAGUUGUAUGAUCCAUCAAUAGGAACUUGGACAAUGACUGGUAGUAUGAAUAAUCCACGAUAUUGGCACACAGCAUCUGUGUUAACAAAUGGAAAAGUGUUAGUUACUGGUGGAUGGGAGAUUGGUGGUGGUUCCGUAAAUAGUACUGAGUUAUAUGAUCCAUCAACAGGAACUUGGACAAUGACUGGUAGUAUGAAUAAUGCACGAUAUGAACACACAGCAUCUGUAUUAACAAAUGGAAAAGUGUUAGUUACUGGUGGACGGGGAAGUAGUGGUGGUUCCGUAAAUAGUACUGAGUUAUAUGAUCCAUCAACAGGAACUUGGACAAUGACUGGUAGUAUGAAUAAUGCACGAUAUCUACACACAGCAUCUGUAUUAACAAAUGGAAACGUGUUAGUUACUGGUGGAUUAAAUGGCAUUGCUUUGAAUAAUUCAGAAUUAUAUUAA